CGAAUGGUGCUGCAGGUCAUUUGCAGUUCAGGAGAACUGCGUAUUGUUGUCAGUCGCACGGAGGAGCCCGGUGAUUGACCGCUGUGUGUUGGGUGGAGGUGUGGCGAUGCUGCCGCUGCUGCAAGGGGAGCGUCCGUCCACAGCCCGCAGUGCCGCUGCGAUUUGCGGCCGCCUGACGCGCCUCCUCACCGCCGCAUUCUCCCGCAUCUGAUCCAAAUCUCACAUCUCAUAUCACAUUCACCAGAAACACCGACCUCCUCGCAGGCAGCAGCACGGGAGGUGGAAACAGCUUUUACAGAUCGCGUCUUUGUGCUGAGAUGGGGAAGGUCUUCACCAUAUUCUGUGACUAUCUACAUGGUCUCUGGAGAUGCCCACAGAGGAUGCACUUUCACUGAUUGGAUAGAGGCAGUUGGUUUUUAGAAUGAGGUCCCUGAAGAAGACGGUGCUGCUUGCCAUCCUGGCGUCCAUAGUUCUGGUACUGGCCCUCCUUCAUUCUUGGCCCACCCGGGCCUACACCACUGUGGAUGUGUGGCAGCGACCAGGCCUGGAGGACAGGCUCCCAGAACCAGACCACCGAUUAGGCAACAUCCCAUUUCAUAUUAGGGAUAGUGUGGCAAGUUUGUUGGCCCGUAAUGGGUGCAUAUGUGAGGGUGAGAGUGGAGGAGUGAACCUGCCCUUCGCCCAACUCCUAUUCCCGCGGGUAUCGGCUCACCCGCUGGACACUGCCUUUGAGGCCUCUGAGCUGGAGGAAAUAAAGAGGAGACGGUCCAAAGAAUACAAGAGUUUCCAGAAGAGGUCAGAGAGUCCUGUAGAUGUUCUCAUUGUAGCAGAGGCCAACAAUCCCUUACAGUAUCCAACACAGGGGGUGGAGGUCCGGCCCCUGAAAACAAUCAUCAUCCCAGGCUUGGCCUUACACGAUAUUCCCAGAGACCGUCACUUGAUAAACAUCACUGCCACACUGGGAACGCUGAACAUGGCAGCAGAGGUAGACGGGGUGAAAGUCAAAGGUGACGGCGAGAUGCACAUGACUCUGUCGAGCAGCCUCCUGCCGAACCUGAACCGACAGCUGCAGUUUAUCACCUACACAAACACUCUGUUUCACCCCAGCACGGCCGACACAGUGCAGUUUGAGACAGAGGGUCAUCAAGCUGUCUUCAGUAUCAAGAUCCGUCACGGUGUCACGCCUAAACUGUACAACACUGGAUCCAGAAGAGACUACAAUGUCAGCGCCCUCGUUACCAUAGCUACGAAGACAUUCCUGCGUUACGAUAAGCUUCAAGAUCUUAUCGACAGCAUCAGAAGAUAUUAUCCCACUGUCACCAUAGUAAUUGCUGAUGACAGCGAAAAUCCCCAAACCAUCUCCGGGCCUUACAUCGAGCAUUACAUCAUGCCGUUUGGAAAGGGAUGGUUCGCGGGACGGAACCUGGCCGUUUCCCAGGUGACCACAAAGUACGUGCUGUGGGUGGACGACGACUUCAUCUUCACAGCCAACACCAAGCUGGAGAAGCUGGUGGAUGUUUUAGAGAAGACCACGCUGGAUCUGGUGGGGGGUGCAGUGCGGGAGGCCACAGGGUAUACUGCCACCUACAGACAGACCAUCUCCAUCGAGCCAGGGAUGGAGGAUGGUGACUGUUUACACCUGAGGAGAGGAUUUCAUCAAGUCAUCCAAGGCUUCCCCAACUGUGUCAUCACUGACGGCGUCAUCAACUUCUUUCUUGCUCGCACCGACAAAGUCCAGCAGGUCGGAUUUGACCCGCGGCUCACCAGAGUAGCUCACCUUGAGUUUUUCAUCGACGGCCUGGGAUCCCUCCAUGUGGGCUCUUGUGACGACGUCAUUGUAAAUCAUGCAACCAAAAUCAAACUGCCCUGGGUCAGCCAGUCGGAGAGCGACAAGACUUACGCCAAGUUCCGUUACCCACCGGCUUCCUCUGACGCCACACACACGAAAAAUGGCCUCCUGUUCUUCAAGAACCGAUUUCAGUGUUUGACUCAUAAUUAGCCCCCCCCCCCCUUUUUAUCCAAUGGUUCCUCUGCUCCUCCUGAGUUGCCAAAGACCUCCACUGUGUCGCGUCAGAUACGAUUUCAGACAAACACUUUUGUUUUGCCUUUCCCUUGAAAGCCUUUGUAAUAUUCAUUCUGUCCGUGCACGCCUCUCAGCUUUGAGCUAGCAAACCCUCUGACAAUGUAAAUAUCCCGAAGCCUGGUAUAGAAGUCCAGACGCUCUUCUAGAGUGAAGAAAGUAGUAUCAGGCAUAUCUUCCUGUUUCCACACAUCAACCACAGCAUCAUCUGGAUUCAAGGUUAUGAAGGGAUUCUGCUUCGUGUUGGUCAAAUCUUCUCUGGCUAAAUAUUCUUCAGUGGAUGGAACAUGGAGACCAAGCUUUGUGGGAAACUCUUGACAGGUAGCAUCUGGACAGUAACUUCUUUGUUCUAUUCUAAUGUGAGCGGAGGGAUGUGUCCUCCUUCAAUUUGCACUA